GCCUCCCCCUUCCUUCCUUCGCCAUUUUUCUCAUUCAACCUUUUCUUUUUUUCCCUUUUUUUUCUUCUUCUUUCUUCCUUCCAUAUCUCGCUUUUCUCAUACCUCCUUCCCCUCCUUUCCUUUCCUCUUCCCCCCUUCAUAAACAGCUUGUGCACCAUACGUUGUCAUGGCCAGAUCAGGUGUUCCCGGACGCAGUGGACUUCAGUCUUAUAGAUAUGAUUACCGUGAAAUGAGCCUUGAAGAAGGUCUGCGCGAACCUCUUCUACCGUCGCUCGAGAGAAUGUACUCGGCCCCGAUAGGAACAAACGCCUCUCCUAUUUAUCAUCCCCUGAAGAAGAAGAAGAGGACGUGUCUUUCGGUCCGGGUCUUGGUACUCUGUCUCGUCCUCGGAGGCCUGUACUAUGGGCUUUCAGCCCUAAGACACCACUAUGCCGAUCCUACUCUGGAGACACACCAAGAGAAUGGUGCGGUUAUUCCCGAGAAAGGGACUCGACACCCUGUCCCGAAGAUACCAUUGAAUCCUGUGGAGGACACUCCAAUGGGCGAGACCUCAACUUGGUCAGAGAGUGGUGUUCUUCAUGCUGGAGACGAAGACGAGUCGGAUCAACAGAUCUUUCGUGAUGAUCUUGUUCCAAGCAUUUUAUCAGGCCAGGUGUUGCCUCCAAAAAAACCGUCGGGUGACGAUGACAAGAAUAGGAACAAGGACGAUGACGAUGACAAUGAUAAGGACAAGGACAAGGAUGGCGGAAAGCUGAUUGAUAGGAUCAAAGCCUCUCUGGACGAGCUCUUGGAAUGGAUCGGGACGACUUUUGCGGAACCCUUUGUCUGGAUUAAAACGACCUUUGAUCAAUCCUGGACUUGGGCAAAAGUGAACGGCCAGGACCUUUGGACGACCGUGAAGCCUUACCUAGGCCCAACUUGGUCCGUAGGUAUGUAUGCGGUCGUGGGAGGAGCCAUUGGCGCGGUGGCCUUACCCUCGGCCAUAGCAUUGUUCCCCUGUGUUCUCGGAUUCGGCGUCGAAGGGAUUUAUGCGGGGUCGUGCGCGGCAACGUGUAUGGCCUGUCAUGGAGGGUACACCCCCGGAGGUGGGUUCGUGGCGACAAUGCAGGCCUUGGGGGCAGUGCCGACCCUUGCUUUUAAUCCGUUUACGGUUAUAACUGGGGCGGUGGUCGGGGUGAUUGCAGGAGGAUAUUACGCAGUGAUGUUUGAAGAGGUUUGGCCGUCCAUGAAUGUAUAAAUGUAUAGUUUGUGAGUCGAAAAUAAAAAAAAUUGGCCACGAUGGCCAUGGAAAUCA